UUGAAUUGUCAGCCAUACCUAUUUCGUUCAAUUUUGUUGAAAUAACUGAGGUCUUCUCUGAUAAUCGGCAAUCGUGUUGAUAGUUAUUACGGAUUUUUGAUCAUCCCUUUAGUUUACAAAUAUGUAUGAUUCAAGAAAGUCAAUAAACUUAAGUUCUUGUCGUGUAUGUUUAUCGAGUAAAAAACCCUUGUGUCCUUUAUUCAGAUAUAAAUUGUCUGGAAACUAUGCCGAAAUGCUUACGGCAAUUGCCGAUGUAAAGGUGCUAUCAAAUGAUGGUUUACCUGAAAAGAUUUGUCACAAGUGUUGUACUUCAUUGGAGAAAGCAUACCUGUUAAAAACAGUAGCAGAGAGAACUGAUAGAAAACUGCGAACCAUAUUAGCUAAAGCCAUUCAAAAUGUGCCGACCAAAAAGAUUGCAUUUGAUUCUUUUAAAGACAUCAAAAGUGAAAUUGGUCCUCUGUCAGUUAAAUCGGAACCUGUAUGGGAAAUGGAAAUCAAUGUUGAUCCACCUAAGACGGUGGAAACAAUUGAUGGUAAGGAUAUUGUUAUAGCAAAUACUGUGAUAAGAAAAGUUGACCAUGAAUUGGAAGAAACAAAAGGAGAAACCAAUGAUAAUGAUAAAGUUGAUAUCAGUUGGACAAAAACUACCAAUGACAAUUUUAAAGCUGAGGUUGAUACUGAUGAUGAUGAUGAUGUUGAAUAUGUACCAGAUGAUAUAUAUAAUGAUGAUGAUGAUGAUGAUUAUGUUCCACCAACAAGUAAGAAAAAUAAAUUCAAAAAACCAAAACUAUGUGAUAUUAAAGUUUUUAAAGGUAAGAAAGCUGUAGUAAGGAAAGUUAAAGUAUUAAAGACACUAGAGGAACUGGAAGAAAAUGGAGGUAAAAGUGAAGAUGGCAAAACAAGAUCCACAACAAUUACCUGUUAUCCAAUAAUGAAAAAUGGCACCAGAGGUCCACCAAUAUUACUAAAGCGACCCAAAGAUGCAACAGUACUUAAAGUUCAUCCAAAUUACAAAUCGAGAAAUUCAGGAAGUAGUGAUGGAAAUAGAAUGGUUCGUAGAGACAAGACUUUAAGGGUGGUCAGAUCUCAGAGACCUGAAGCAAAGAAAAGAGAAAAACUUGUGUGCCCUGUUUGUGGUAUACUUACAUAUACACUGGGAAAUCAUUUAGCAACUCACGAUGAAAAGAAGAAAUUUUCUUGCAAUCAAUGUACGAAAUCGUUUAUACAAAAGAGUAAUUUAAUGUUGCAUAUGAAACAACAUUCUGGAAUUAAAGAUCAUAUUUGUGAAAUUUGUGGUGCUGGCUUCUACACACAGAAAUCAUUAAUCAGGCAUAACCUUAUCCACAAAGGCGAAAGACCAUUCUCUUGUCAUUUGUGCACGAAGAAGUUUAUAGCGCGUUGUGACUUGAACCGUCACUUGCGCAUCCACGCCGGGUACAAGCCGUACAAGUGCAACGAAUGCUCCAUGUCAUUCAAUGCUAAGCAUCAGCUUCAGAACCAUGAACGGAUGCACACAGGAGAGAGACCCUACACAUGUGAGGUGUGCAACGUUGCAUUCAGUUACAAAGUGAACUUGAACAAUCAUGUGCAGAAAGCGCACGGUCUGAACUUCAAGUUCAAGUCGAUACACAGAGUGACGGAGGAAGUGUUGCGACGUGAGAUGGGCAUGGUGAACGAGACGCGCGCCGCCAUUGCCCACAUCAUGCCACAUCUCAGUGACGUGCCCACGCCCGCAGCGCACGAGACUGUGCACCACACCUCAGAGUAUUAAACAAUGUAUCAACUCACAUCAUUUACAGUGGCGGAGCGAGAGCUAAAUUUGAUGUGGGCAAGUUGUCUACCGCGAGGACCUCAAGUAGCAAACGAUCAUUAAUUUACUUUAAUUUUGAUAUCGUCUGUAAUACACACACAUGUGCAAUUAUUUUAGCUUCGACAGCGGUUGCAUUUUUCUCCAAGGCAAACUAAAAUUAAGCGAAGCUAGCGUGGCCGUUGAAACCCACGUAGCUAUAAGUAUAUUUUCUUUAGUGUUCCGUCAAAAUAUUUAGUCUUUACAAAACAAAUUGGC